UUCGGAUGAGAAACCGACAUGAAGGCGGUAUGAGCCGGCAGAAUCAAAUGCGGUCUUAGCUUCCUACGCGUGUCUGGAAAAUCAAUUAACGUGAAGAUGCUCUGUGCCGCAACGAAGCACCGCUUUCUCACCAAUGCCACCCAAAGAGACGCCGUCAAAGGAAGAUGAAGAUCAGUCCUCAUUUUCGAGACAGACCAGGAAAGUGAGAGACUUGUUCUCCAUUCCUCCGCCAGUCAAGAAGUUGUUUGACCGAGUCCCAAUUGUUGUAUAUGCUCCAAAUCAACUGCCACAACGCGCCCCCAAACCCGCGAGGAUACCAAGUCUUUAUGUGUUCAGUACAAGCCAUGAUGCGGCUGCUGGGAAGCCGUCUUUCAACCCAAGUUGUCUAAAAUGGCAGACCUUCUUAAACAUUGCUAGCGUUAAUCACCGUCUCAUCUCUUCCAAUAACCACGCCUCUCCUACUGGAUCAUUACCAUUUCUACUCCCUGCUGUACAAUCCAACUCGCCUCAAGAUGCACUAUUGCCAGUAACAUCCAAUAAAUUUGUAAAGUACGCUUCAAAUCACGGUGGUUGGGUAGACGAGUCUCCCAGUAUGCGUUAUGAAGCAUAUCAAUCCCUACUUGAUCAUCGAAUACGAAAUGCAUGGCUCUAUACUCUGUACCUUGAACCGUUGAAUUUCUCCUCAGUCGCGUACCCACUUUACGUCUCUUCUACCUCAUCGAAUCCUCUUGUGCGAGCCUCGAUAGCAUACCAGCUUCGACUUGCAGCAGAAACAGAGCUCUUGAAACACACUUCCAUCAUAGACACCGACGACUUAUACAGCGAAGCGGACAAGGCUUUCGAAGCUCUUUCGUCUCUCCUUGGGGAAGACUCGUGGUUCUUUGGGAACGAUAAGCCUGCACUGUUUGAUGCAAGCGUGUUUGCGUACACGCAGUUGCUCCUGGACGACAGCCUGGGAUGGAAAGAGAAGAAGCUAUGUCGAGCUCUGAGGACGAGGGACAACCUUGUACGACAUCGAGAGAGACUGCUUGUAAGAUAUUAUGGCGGGUGACCAAUGAACCUCACUUUGAGAAAACACCAAAAUCCACUCCACGCCCUUGGAGCAAAAUAGUCCCAAAG